AUGGCUCCGAAAGCGGCUGUCAAGCCGGGAGGCGUCAAGACUGAGCCGAGCACCCCCAAGAGCAAGCCCAAGGCUUCCGCCGCCGAUACUCCCAAGAAGGCACCAUCCACCACUCCGCGGAAGCCAAAACUGGCAGCUCCACCACGUGAUUACAAGAUCCUGGCUGCUGAUGGCGACACUUCAGUGAUCACGGUCAAAUACGAGGGCUCCCAGCAGGCCUUGGCGCUGCCAUCCGGCGGCCACAGCCUCAACUUGGAGCUGGGAGCUGCCAACGCGUUCACCGUCGUCAAAUCGACUGUUCUGACUGAGGGUCCCUACCAGGGAUACCAGGCGAUCAUCCUUCGACCCGCCAAACCAUUCAAGUUCAUGGACCUGCCAAUCGCCGUCCGAAACACCGUCUAUCGCAUGUAUUUCGCGCCAAAGGGCCUGACGGAGGAGACCACGGCCAUCGUUCUGGAUGGAAAACGCGCCACGGACAAAGUUCCGUACUCCAAGUCGUUCGCAGAUGGCUCCAAGCAGCGUGUGGGCCUUCUUGCAGUGAGCAAAAUGGUAAACGCUGAAGCGGCCGCUAUCCUGUACAACCACCCACUCCGGUUCGAGAGCACGACUGUCCUCGGCGAAUUCCUCGUCGAAUAUCGGAGCACUCGGAGUAAGAUUUGCAACGUUGAGGUCAAGAACUACAAGAAAGGAGCUCGCAUGGCUCUGAUCUUGCUAGCCGAGGCACCGAAUAUUCGUCGUUUGCGGUUGGAGGGUGGAGUUUCCACUGAGACAGACCCCCGCAAGGCCGCCAAGGCUCUCUAUAUGGAAGCCGCACAGCUACUUGAGGCCAUUGGAAAGCAAAAGCAGGCCAAGGACGCUGGUGUAGAGGUUUUGGAGUUCGGCAAGGAGGCCCUGACUAUCAAGGGCGGUGGGAACUACAACACAGACAUGAGGAAGGAGUUCAUUGAGUCUCUCAAAAAGCUCUGCAACUAA